GCGCGUUGCCGCUGCACGCUAGGCAUGCGCUCCCGUGCUGCCCGGCAACACCAUCUAACAUAUACACAAUACCGCGCGCCCCUGUGCCGUUGUCGGCAUGUUGGGCGCGCGGCUCAAGUCAUGGAUGGAGGCGCAGCUGGGGCGGGCCAAGAAGCGUAAGCAGAAGCAGGCGCGUCAGACAGCGGCGACUACGACUACGGGACCUCUGCCGCCUCCUCACCUGUCCUCGCCGGAGAGUGCGUACAGCACGGGAUACUCCACAGAUGGCACUUCUCCUGGAACAGCACCGGCCCCGCUCGCCGCUCCGCUCGUGGCCCCACCGCCGCCGCCUGCGCCACCGACCACACAUCUCUACCACGAACCAGCCAAGCAGCGUCGUUCUAACGUGGUCGUCCGUCGCUGCAUACCAGAGCCAGCGCCGGUACCCGUAGUAGUUUGUGCGACACCAUCCCCUCGGCCACGAUGUCGGAUCAGAACCAAUCCGUGGAUGGGGGCAACUUCACCCAGCAGGCGACGACCUCAGAAUAUAGUGCAUCAGCACUCCCUGCAGUGCCCACCCACAACACAACCGCAACUACAUCAUGCUCCAUAUUCCCUUGAUUCCCAUGUCAAGUAUGGGUCGAGAUCACCGCACCUCUCCCCUCACUUAUCACCAGAGCCUCAUAGAUCACCUUACUACCGCGGCGGAGCUUCCAGUGACGAAGAGUGCAGGGGAAUGAGAGCCAGAGGUCGAGAGACCGCCAUAUUAUCUGAUGCUGACUUCGAUUCAGACGGAGACACUGGACUAGAUGGUGGAGAUGAAGAUGAUGAUGAAACUGCUUCGCCUGGGAGACGAAGGGCACGGAGACGAAGGCCUCCGCGACGACCACCACGGUCGGCAGCCAUGUUUUCAGGAGCGACGCCGCCUCGAAUGCGUAGACGCAACCACGCACCUUCAGCGCCACCAGUCCGAGAACGAGAUCCUUUGCUGGAGGCUGACAGAGAGGCAGAAAGGAAGUACAGGGAACUCAUCAGGGAAGCGGAGAAAUUACUGGUCACUGUGUCACGAGCACCGCUUGAACCACCGCACAAUCCAAGAGUAAGGGAGUUGAGGGCUACUGAGGUGGAAGCUCCCCGUAGAAGUCCAGAGCGUACUCAUAUUACGAACUUCAUGCGUGCAAACUCCCCCGAGCCUCCUCGUCGUUUGUCCCCUGUCGCGAGGCGCUCCCCACUGGCUGCUCCGCCACCACCCCCGGUGGCACGACGGCUCACUCCUCCCUCGCCGACAGACAGACCCCACUCCGAGCCCCCCAAAAGGAAGGCUUAUGCUCGGGAUGAGGUUCUUCAAACGUUGGAAGGUCUACGUAAGAGUCUGCAGCAGCAAUCGGCUCUACUAGCGGUGCAACGGACACGACUGGACUCCCUAUAGCCGCCAAACUGUCCCCUUCCCGUCCCGCAUUUCCUAGGUAUUAGACCUUCUUAUUAGAAUAUCAAGUAGUUGAUGCCAGUUCACGCAACUCUGAUGCCAACAUUUUUGAAAGAUUUUUUAUAAUAUGGUAGUUGAUUAUUUUUAGAAAUCAUCACACUGCUCUCAUUUGUGUCUAGGGUGGAAUGUAGUGAAGGACAAUAAUAGGAAGGAAUGUAAUGUAGAUACUUCUUCUUUAUCUCUUGAACGAAAUCUUUGCUUCUUGUACUACUAUAUCCUUCAUCCAAUUUGCUAGCUUUCCUAACUUAAAUGUUGAGUUCCAUAAUCUUCUUUGUAAACGGUUUUCGAGAGCAGAGCGUAUAUUGUAGUUAUACAUUGUCUGUUAUUUGUUGGCAGAAUUUUUAUACUUCUACUGUUUGAAAUGAUGCGUUCUUAUUGAGCAUUUAAAUAUAAACUGUUGUUUACAUCUUUUGCGAAAAAUACUCAUUGUUAGUGGAUUUCGCAGAUCGAUAUCAUGAUUGUUCCCUUCUUUGCCAACUUCUUCGUUCACAUCGUGAUAGUCAUCUGUUUUUUGUUUAUCUAUUGUACCAUCUUGUUAAGUUGUUUAUUGUUUGUUUACAUUAUUGUCAAUUAUUUUGUAAUUUAUGAGUCUAGUGCACAUAGGGAUCUUUUUUAUUUAUAGAAACGCUGGUUUCUUCUCGUCGAUACCAAAGAUACACUUUCAUCAGACACGCGAAUUGAAUGCUAUGAAAGUUUCAUAUAGCUUGUCGAGUAUUUGACUUUCGACAUGAGACCUGCCACAUUCAAGAUCUUCAGAAGAAAUAUUAGGUUGUUACUUGAUAAUUUUACAUUAAAUAUUUAUCCCAAAUAGGUACACCAAAGUUCUCAAGAAACUUUAUCAACCCCGUCUAGUCAAUGUGCACUGUCUGAAGUCUCCCAUCUAUUUAGAGCGUGAACGGCAGGUAGUUGUUCCACAUACUCCUUUUCUCUAGUCCCUCCAUAAGUUCUAGUCAGUUUAUCUGUCAGUUAGUUAGUGUAGUAUUGUUAUUUCCGUGUAGGCGAGGCCACUUUCAUUAUCUUCCAUAAUACUUGUAGCGUCAUUUUAUUAGUAGUAUCUAGAUUAGAUGGUAAAUGACGUCGUUCUGUAGCUAUACUGGAUAUUCGAACAAUUGGAAAAUGUGAUUAUUGUACCAGAAACACCAUUGCUUAGUUCAUGCUUGUGUUCAUCUUUUCUUACAUUUUUACUGCGACAGUAACGACCACAUAUCCGUAGAUUUUGUAUUUCUCCUUUAACGGAGACAAUUUUUGAUACAUUUUAUUCUGAACACGAAUCAAUGUUUUGCAAAUGUUCGUCUAAAUAAGCAAUAUUAACAAUUAGUGCCAUAUCUCUCAGUAAUGCUACAACGACGAUCGCACAUACAGGUUAGAUGUUCUUGGGGUAGCAACGGAGAGAAGAGAAGGAAUGGAGUACCAUGCUUGGUAGCCAUCUGUUAACAAUUCAUCUGAAGAACUCACAUGACGAUGUUAUAUAACAAGUACUGUUUGGGGAGGUGUAGCAUGGUGCACUCCAUUCUUUCCGUCCUCUUUGUGUAGCGUAUGUAUCGAGUAGCGCCGUAGUAUAGACUAGAGCGGUCUCACUAGGGUAAGGGCGAACAGUGGCCACGGCGUACUAAGACUGCGUUAUUAUUAUAUCUUAUAAUAAUUAACUUAUACAAUGUUUACUCGUUAUACUGUUCUUCGUUCGGUUGCUGGUUCAGUGUUUUUAUAUUCUAGUCAUCACUCGUUCAUGUCAUCGUUUUCGAUGAUAACAAAACAAUAAACAUUAAGACUGGUAGUCUCGACAGUUAUAAAGGACUGAAAUUGAUUGCUAAGUUGUGAAUUUCUUUAUGAGAUUUUCUAUUCUAUGUUUAUGUAUCACAUAAAGUUGAAAGUCUUUUAGGGAAAUCUUCGACUUGGCAACCGAUUUCAGUCGCUAUUAUUACUAUAUCGAGACUUCUAGCCUAGGUUUUAAACUUUAUCAGUGCUGCUUAUAAUGUUAAGUCUAGUACUUUUGACUCGUAUGAGUUCAUUAAAUGUGGGUGUAUUUCUUUAAUUACUUUAUAGUUUACCUAAGUGCUGGGAAUUUAUCUUUAUAAUAAUUGUCUUGCGGAAGCAAAAGCCUUACAAAUCAAUUGAAGAAUAAUACUUUAUUAGCACAAAGUUCGAUAUUAUCAUAUUACCUGAAGCAAGGAUUGGUUUGAUUCCAGAGGGUUUUUGUUUUUUAUAAGUACAAUGUUCUGAAGACCUUUAUAUACCUUUAUAUUGUGCAGUCUUUUGUGGGAACGUUAAAUAUUGUUUUUUUUUUUAUUAAGUAAUUAAUUUAGUUACUAAUUUCCGUUUCUUAACCAGCUGCCGAACGAAAAGGGAGUCUAUAUGGGCUUCCAUAUUUUUGUUAGUGCAAUUUUGGGGGGGACCCACCAUAUGCGAGGGUCUUACCCCAGCUGAAUGUAAAUAUUUAUCCACUUUACUUGUUUAUUGUAAGUAUAAAUAAGAUUUAUACGUUUAGUUGAAUUUUCAUUAAAAUAUUAUU